AUGACGCAAAACUAAUUAAAAAUGCUAAUAUGUGUAUUUUAAGUAGCCUUCAUAUCAGCUGGGCUUUAUUUCUAUAUAUUUUGGAAGAAAAUAGAUGAUGUAAAGUUGACAUUCUUAAAUAGUAGAAACCUUAUUUUGAAUAGCUGGCUUUUGUGUAUGGGCUAAUUUUAGGAUUCACAGAAUUAUUGGUUGCAAUAAUUUUAUUCAUUCUAAUGAAAACUCGAGUGUAAAUCACAUCAUUGGGAAUGAUUAGUCGAUAUAUUAGACAGAACUGCUACAAGGAAUAUUAUGCAUUAAUUAUAAUAAAUUUGGUAUAGAACUUGAUAAUUAGGCAUUUCUAAUAACAUUUAAUAUAAUAACAAUUGUAGAUUCAGAAUCAGUAAGUUUUUCAAAUGUUUAAUCCCUCCAUUUUAUAGCAGCAUAUUAUGUUCAAUCAGUUCUUUUUGCCUUGUUUUCAAAUGAUUUAUUAAAGAGAAGAGCCUUGAUUCCAAAUGAAUUUAUGUUUGAAAGAGAAGGAAUAUUCCGAUGUGCAUACGAAGUUCUCUAUUAUGUAGUAUGCUUAUUCAUAGUGUUAAGUAGAUAUAUUAAAUAUAUAAAUGAUAGGCUACUUUUUGGUAACCCAUUUUGAGAAAUUGCCUGAACCAAAUCAAACUUUAUGUUAAUUAAUCAUAUUCACUUUACUAUACUAAUUUUAUUCAAUUACUAAAUUGGGUAUCUUAAUAAAAAUAUUUUUGAUUAUUACUACAUCUAGAAUGCUAUAUUCAGCAGCAAAUUCAAUUGGAAAUUUGCAGUAAGAUUGGGAGAAAGGUUGUUAGAUAACUUUAGUAGUGAUAACAAUAAUAUUCUUAAUUAGAAUGAUUUAAUAGUGUAUAAUUGGUGUUGUUAGAGCAAGAGAAUAAUAUUUAAAUUAGAAUGAAAAUUAAACACCUGAUAUUCUUAGUGCUUUAAAUUUAUUACCUCCAAGAGAUCCUUAUAUUAGAUAAUCUGCCUAAAUAAUAAGUGAGGAAUAAAUUGAAAUGUUACCAGUUCUAAAGUUUAGGAUGGAGAAUGAAUUUGUUUGCUCAAUCUGUGAUAUGAAUUUAUAAAAAAAUGAAAUGGUGAUGAAAUUGAAUUGUUCUCAUAUUUUUCAUUCAGAAUGUUUGAAACCAUGGAUUAGAAUUAAGAACUCUUGUCCUAAUUGUAGACAAUAAAUACUUACUUAAUUUAUUCAUUAAAAUCAAAACUAAUAAGUAAUUUAAGCACCUUAAUAAUAAUAAUAAUAAUAAUAAUAAGCUCAAAAUGUUUUAAUAGAAAUCUUACCAGAACUUAAUAUUGAUGAUAGGAACUAAUAAGUAUUAUAAGUACCUUAAAAUUAACUGGAAAUAUAGGAAUGA